GUUAAUAUACUUAGUCUAUUGUGUAUAAAGUAAUUACACAAAAACGUGACUAUAAGUAUUGAAGCGCGCUUAAUAUAAAUAUACUGAUCUGUUUCAAUUUAAUAAAGUUAACUAGUUUUCCUUAUAUUUUUUUCAAAAAUCGUGGGCACCGUUUUUUUUUAGCUAACCAAAAUGCAAGGUUUCAAGAUUUUGUGUAUUGCAACAUGCACUCUUUUAGUAUUAGAUGUGCUAGAGGCUGUUGAUCAAGAAUCAGUCAAAGAUGUUAAUACCCCUACUGAAGCAUUCCAAGAUAAAAAAGAAGGCAAAAUGCAGAAGGCAUCAUCAUACUUUGGAAAUGUAGCUGAAAGUAUCAAAAGUAAAAUGAAUAAAGCAAAAAUUAGUAAAGCACAAGCUGAUGGAAAUGUAGAACCUACUAAACCUAUCUCAAGUAAAAUGACAACAACCUUCACACAGGCCAAAAAUGCAUUGAAAACUAAUUUCCAGGAAAAUGCCAGUAAACUGAGGACAGGACUCCACAGAACCAAAGAAAUAAGAGAACAAACUGAUGGAAAUGUAGAAACUACUAAACCUAUCUCAAAUUCGAACAAUUUAGGUAAAAUGCCAACAAACUUCGAACGGGCCAAAAAUGCAGUUAAAAUUAAUUUGCAGGAAAAUGCCGCUAAACUGGGGACAGGACUCAACAGAGCCAAAGGUACAUUAAUGCAAAAAAUGAAAAAAAAUGCACCAAUAGCUAAAGGAAAAGGCAAAAACGAGGAAGUAAAAGGCCAAGACGAUGUACUAGAAUAAUAAUUGUCAUAUUAUUAUUUUGUCGAUUAAGACACUUUAAAACAAUAUUAUUAAACUUUUAAUUUUAUGUAA